AUGGGCCUCACUGGUUGUCCUACAGCGGCUGAAGCUAAGCAGUACAUUGAGAUGGCUGAUGGAAAUUUGGAUCGGGCUGCCUCGUUGUAUUUCGAUGUUGGAGUAGGAGGAGCUGCUGUCCCCGAGGAGAGUAGGAUAGAUGAUGGUAUUCAAGUGGAAAGUGGAUGGGGUGUGUUAGAUGUCCGAGCGGCUAUCCCGGCGUUCCGUGACACCCUUCUGGCGUCACCAGCAGGAUCGCAGCCGGGGAGUGCGCCGGGCUCUGAGAGAAGGAACAUCAGUUACGUUAGAAUGGGGUCGACGAGUGGUAGAGGAGGGAGCUCCAAUGAUGGUGAUACGCACAUGAGUGAGGAUCAGGAGGAGGACGAGGAGUUUUACUUUGAAGAGGAAGAAGACGAGGAGGAGGUUGAUGAUGAGCAGAAAUCAUCUGCGGUCAAUGACGGCGAAAAGGGUAAGAGUAGUUGA